AAUAGUGUGACACACAGCGGUAAAGCCAUGUGGAAAGCGCUGUAUUGACGGCGUAGGUUCGUUUUUGUGGACAAAUAAUUUACCGUCAGAAUGAACGUAGUUUCUCUUUGUAGCACAAACAUAGUGUAGUGCCGUUUAACGUUGACUUUGUGGAGCUGCUCUACAUCUCGCUGAAUCAUGGGGAAAUCAAAGACCAAGAACCAGAAGAAAUCCCGAGCAAGUGCCAACCAUGUGGCCGAGGAGACCUACGGAGCUGUUCCCCACUCCUUUGUGUUUCAUCGUGGUCAGAUCGGGAAAAACGUGGGUCAGCUUAUCCUGGACGUGCGUAGAGUCAUGGAGCCCUACACUGCAGAGUCCCUGAAGGUUAGGAAAAAGAAUGUUCUGAAAGACUUUGUGGCCAUCGCAGGACCACUGGGGGUGACACACUUCAUGAUCUUCAGCAAGACCCCCAGUAGUAUCAACAUGAGACUUGCUCGACUUCCCAAAGGUCCCAUGCUUCAUUUCAGAGUGCUCAAGUACUCUCUUGUCAAAGAUGUGGUUUCAUCUCUGAAGAAGCACAGGAUGCAUGAGCAGCAGUUUACACAUCAUCCGUUACUCAUCCUCAACAACUUUGGAUCUGAUGGCAUGCACAUAAAACUCAUGGCCACCAUGUUCCAAAACAUGUUUCCUUCCAUUAAUGUGCACAAGGUAAGCCUCAACAACAUCAAAAGGUGUGUGCUGCUGGACUACAACCCAGAGUCUCAGGAAAUAGAGUUUCGACAUUACAGCCUGAAGGUCGUCCCUGUGGGUAUGAGCCGUGGAGUCAAGAAGCUGAUGCAGGAGAAGUUCCCCAACAUGAGCAAGUUUGAGGACAUCAGUGAGCUGCUGAUAAAGGGGGCAAACCUUUCCGAAAGUGAAGCAGAACAAGAUGGGGAGCACAACAUAACUGAGCUGCCACAGGUGUACUCUGGAAGAGGCAACAUGGCAUCCCAACAGAGUGCUGUCCGUUUGACUGAGAUUGGUCCUCGCAUGACUCUGCAGCUGAUGAAGAUCCAAGAAGGCAUGGGAGAAGGGAAUGUCCUAUAUCAUGCUAUUAUCUCCAAGACAGAGGAGGAGAUACAGGAGAUCCUGAACAGGAAGGAGGCCCAGUUAAAGGAGAAGGACAAUCGGCGGAAAAAGCAGGCCCAGAACGUGGCGCAGAAAAAAGAGAAACGAGAAGAGCACAAGAAAAAGAGCCUGGAGGGCAUUAAGCGGAAACAUGCUGAAGCUGAAGAGGACAGUGAGGUGGAGGAUCCUGGGAUGCAGGAAGAUCAGGCAGCUGCUGUUGAAUCUGAUGAUGAGGUGGAGUACUACAGACAGGCUGUAGGAGAGGAGCCAGAUGAAGACAUGUUCCCCAGUGCCAAGAAGAGGCCGGGCUCAGAAAAGAGUCAUGGGCCUGCCAAGAAGAGGAAGCUGUCCUCUGAUAAAUUGGGAAAAGACAGAGAUGCUAAAUCACAAAAGAGGCAUGGUCCAGGAGGACAGCACAGAGACAAAACAGGAAAAGGUUUGAAGAAUCCUGGAAACAGGGAGAAACCAUUUGUUAAGAAAAUGAAACCUGGAGGAAAGACAUUCGGAUCCAAGAGGCCCGGUGAUAGAGAAAAUAAAUUUGGUGGAAAGAAGAAAUUUGAAGGUAACAAAAGAUUUGGAAUGAAAAAUAAGGACAAACCAUUCAAAUCUAAAGGUCACACAGGCAAGCCAGGCUUCAAGAAGAAAGGUGCUGGGGGAAAGCAAGGAUUCAAACAGAGGAAGGGAAAGGGUUGAACUCACCUUUCUUUCUGGACUCGGACAUUGGAUGAGUUAUUACACUGCACCACCAGAUGGCAGCAAGCAUCCAUUUGUCAUCAGUGCUGAAGCCUGUGAUGGUUGUUGUGAGACUGUUUAUUCCUGAAAAUCAGCAGAGGGACAGGAGUGAAGAAUAAAGUACUAUAUUUUCACAUUGUAUGAAUUAAUAUUGAAAAUGUACUUGUUCAAUAAAUUGUUUUGUUUUUUAAAAACACCA